AUGCUGGAAAAUCAUAACCUAAAGAAGUAUACGACUAAACUUGAGAGUCGUCAACGACGUCAAGAUUUCUUGCUCAGUGCUUUGUUGAAGCAGGUUAGUGUAUUGACUCCUGGUUUUACUGUCGACUUACCAGAACAGGAUCCGAACGAAGACGAUGAUGCUUACGGGGGCGGGGAUGAUGACGAGGGCAUAGUACUAGCUUCACUUGGAAGACCUGGUUGUCAAGAACAGUGCGGAAAUGUAACUAUCCCAUACCCUUUCGGAAUUGGAUCAUCCGAUUGUUUUCUUGACAAAUGGUUCGAAGUUUCCUGCGACAACUCUUCCAAGCCUCUCCUCAAACACACUCAACUGCAGCUACUUAACAUUUUGUUAUCCGAUGAGGAUGCUAAUAAUAGAACGUUUUCAGAGAAAAACAGAUUCAAGAAAUGUGAUGCGCUCUUCCAAGAUGGGUGCACUAGCACCUCCACCUGCUCCUCCUCCUCCUCCUCGUCAUCAUCAUCAUCAUCCAAUAGUAGAAACAAUAUUGAUUUUCGUAAUUGUGAUGGCAUCGAAUGCUGCAGUACUUCUUCCGUUUUGGAUACUCAUGGCAACUUCGAAAUCUCCAUAGAUAAUGAUUCUACUACUCUUGCAAGUAAUAGCCAAUGCAAAUAUGCGUUUUUUAUAGAUCCUGAUGAAAUUGAUAAACAUGGAACAUUCCAUGAUCUGGAUUAUGUUCCCAUCCUACUAAGUUGGAACCUUAGCUUAACGCAUUUCGACAUAUUUAAAACACAUGCUAUGCCAACCAGCACUACCAGCUUCAACUGUAGCAGCAGCUAUCAGGAUACUUUAAAUUCCCCUUUAGAUCGCAUAUAUCGUUGUAGCUGCAAUAAUGGAUUUCGAGGAAAUCCCUAUAUUUUGGAAGGGUGUCAAGAUAUUAAUGAAUGCAAUGAGCAAAUCCGAAAUCCGCCAUGUCAUGAAGGCACUUGCGUCAACACUGUUGGGGGAUAUCGUUGCAGUUACAAGCGCAAAUAUAUCAUUAUAGGACUUGAGAGUGCUCUUGGAGUAUUAGUUCUUGUUUUUGGUACAUGGACAUUAUACAAAUUCUUAAAGAAAAGAAAAGAAAUCAAACAGAAGAAAACAUUUUUCAAACGGAAUGGUGGUCUUUUGUUGGAACAACAAAUACAUUCAAGUGAAAAUAAUGUUGAGCAAACCAAGUUGUUCGAUGCAAAAGAGUUAGAGAAGGCAACAAAUAAUUUUAGUAUAGACAGAGUUCUUGGACAAGGAGGUCAAGGUACUGUGUACAAAGGAAUGUUGGAAGACGGAAAGAUUGUUGCGAUAAAGAAGUCUAAAAUAAUUGAUGAAGCCAAACUCUCUGAAUUCAUUAAUGAGGUUGUUAUUCUUACGCAAAUCAAUCAUAGAAAUGUUGUCAAGCUAUUGGGAUGUUGUUUGGAGACUGAUGUUCCACUUCUAGUUUAUGAAUUUGUCCCAAACGGAAUGCUUUCUGAGUAUAUUCAUAACAAAAAUGCAGAUUUUCUUUUUACAUGGAGCAUGCGAUUACGAAUUGCAACUGAAGUUGCGGGAGCUCUCUCAUACUUACACUCAGCAGCUUCUUUUCCAAUUUAUCAUCGGGAUGUUAAGUCUUCGAACAUACUCCUAGAUGAAAAAUUGGCGGCAAAGGUUGCAGACUUUGGAACAUCAAGAACUGUUUCCUUAGAGCAAACUCAUUUGACCACUUUAGUUUGCGGCACAUUUGGUUAUCUAGAUCCUGAAUAUUUUCAAUCCAGCCAAUUUACAGAUAAGAGUGAUGUUUAUAGUUUUGGAGUGGUUCUUGUCGAGCUCUUGACUGGACAGAAAGCAAUAUCUGGAACAAGAUCAGAAGAGGAAGGAAGAAGUUUGGCAACAUAUUUCAUGAUGACGAUGAAGGAAAAAAGCAGUAGUUUGUUCAACAUUCUUGAUGGUCAAGUUCUCAAAGAUGCGCCAAAAGAAGAGAUCUUAAUUGUUGCUGAUCUUGCAAAGAGAUGCUUACAUUUGAAUGGAAGGAAUCGACCUACCAUGAAAGAAGUAGCAAAGGAGCUAGAGAGGAUUCAAGGCAUUGACAAUAAAGAUUCCAAUGGUAUUCAACAUAAUUAUGAAGAUCUAGCAUAUGCACAACCUGAAAUUGCAGACUACUCUCGGAAUAAUUCCACAUCGUCAAUAGAGUUAACUUUUGAUAGUGCUGCUACUAGCUUCUCGUUGCAUCAAGAAUUAUCAUUGUUGUAA